AUGACGUCUACAAUUCUUCGCAACGAGCUGAGCAUGGGUGACAUUUUAAUUAGACUAGAACUAUACGAUAUUUUUGGAUAUCGAGAUUUUGUUAUGUUUACUAUUGAUUUCACGAAACCGUCGCCCUUAACCGAUCUUAACGUUGGGUUUCAAAAUAGCGAUGUAAGAGUUUAUGUGAAUACUCAGUAUCUUUCAAUCCACUCUGCAAAAUUCGCUCACUUAUUCGUGCGGAUAAAACCUGGCUGUGCAGAGAGACUUUGUCCAACUACUGAAAACAAAUCUGAGUUCGGGACUUGUAGCAAUUAUGACGUAUUAAGUAUGCAGAGUGACGGAGCAGAAGUGAAACUCUACAGUGGUGAAGAGAUUUUCGGAGCAAGAACACAUGACUUGGGUCGAAACAUUCUGAAGCCAUGUGCAACUGCGGAAGCAGCUGCUUUCGAAGCCGGGCGGGAUCCGCAGGCGGGAGACGUUAUCGAGGCUGCUGCUCGCAUACCAAUGAUUAAAUUCGUUGACGCACGGCUACCGAGGCCAGAUUUCUCCCGGGUAACUUCCACUUCGGUCUCUGCGACAUCCGCCUCUCCAGCCGACUGGUACCCGCUAGGAGUUGUCUUGUAUACUAUGCUGGUCGGGGAAUCGCCAAAGGACAAUCCUCGAACAACGAUCUCCUUUCCGGAUUCCGCUUCAUCAUCAGCCUGUCGACGGCGUAUCGCCUCUCUUUUAGAACCGGAUGAAGAAAUCCGAGUAGGAUAUCAUGACUGCGUUCAUUCUGAGUGGAUGGCACUUCAACCUAACUGGAUUUUUGCAGACCAGCAUUUCGUCUAUCAACGUAUUCAUUCUCUUUAA